GGCAAGCAGAAGAAGCAGAAGAAGAAGAAGCCAGAGAGAGUGGAGGAAGAGGAGGAAAGAGGGGGAGGAAUUAGUCUGGAGAGGCUUCACAAUCGUAGUGUGUGCUGCUACACCCACACUAACAUACAAACAAACAUACAAAUAGACUUUCUUAUUAUGUGCUAUGCAGCUUCGUGUGUAUAGCAGCAGCACCACCGUAGAGUAGCUUGCUCGCUUGCUUGCUCGCACACCGCAGUGAGUGAGUGAGAGAGUGAGUGAGUGAGUGAGUGAGUCAAAGACUGCCCCGACAGUGUUGUAAAGACUGCUGUCGUGAAACAGUUUGUUUCUCGGGAGGUUCAGUGGAGACUUGUGCGGUAGAUCGUGGUGUGCUGAGGUCGCUGGUGGGAGGUUUCCGGUGUGUGGUGGCUUUGCUGUAGCUGGGGAGUUGGUUUCAUUGAGUAGCGAAACGAGAGGGGGAGCGAUGAGUUGGGAGAUUGGGAUUGUGAGAAAUUGGGUCCUGAGGUUACUCUUGGGAUUGUUGUUAUUAUUUUUGUGUGGGAAUUGUUUUGUGGGUUUAUGAUUCGAGGACGUGGGUGUUACUGUGCGUUGCGGGAUUCGUCCUCUGUAUUGGUUCUAUAUCCCGAUCUGCGUGCAGGUUGCCUUUGAGGUUGUUGUAGAUUCGGAGGUGUGAAUGUUUUGUACUUCUGGAGAUUCAUUUGUAUAGAGGAUUUGUUUUGUUUUGUUUUUUUUUUUGUUUUUUGGUUCUUGUGUUUUUUGGUUUUUCGCUGAAGAUAGGAUGGGAGCAUUGAAUGCGAUUGGAUGUACAUUCAGGUCCCCUGAGAUCGCAAGGGACUUCUGAGGUAGCAGGUGCUGUUUUGUAAAUAUAUGAACGGCACUCACAGACCAGCGCUUGAGGCCGAACUGUAGAACCCCCAGAGACCAGAACAGAUAAAAGACACAAAGAUGCUGCAGAGUUUCUGUUGUUGUAAACGAAGGCAGGUAUUGCACAAUGACUGCUCCAGUUUCCAUUUCUGAUUGGCCCUCGCCCCAGCCCUAUUUCAGGCCUCCGAGUGAAACUCUUGUUUGCGAGAAGGUGCUUGUCGUCUUGGACGGAUCCAAACAAAUCACCAAGUAUGCACUGGAGUGGGCUCUCAGCAAUGUACUUGUAAGGCCCGGAGAAUCAAUCACCCUCCUCGCCCUUCAUGCACCGGGCAGUUCCGGCCCUGUGCGAAGAAUAUGGGGGUUUCCCAUGUCGCUGCAGAUUUUAGGAGGUGAAUGUGCAUCACAUCGGGUUCUACGCGGUGUGAUUGAUAAUUCGAGAGGAACAAAAGAGGUGGAUGAUGAAAUAGUCGAGGGAUGUACUGCCAUGAUCCAGCAUUUUCAGGCAGUGUGCAAUCAAAAAAAGAUUGCCAUCGACGUGAAGGUUCAGGAGGUUGAUGGUCGAGAGGCUUCAGCUGCAGAGGCGAAGAGAAUAGGUGCCACUUGGGUUGUUCUUGAUAAGCACUUGAAGAAAGAAGCGAAGAUGUGCAUGGAACUUCUGCAGUGUAAUAUCGUUAUCGUGAAGCCCUCGGAGCCCAAGAUAUUGAGAUUGAACCUGAAACGAAAUUCACGAAUCCUUGAAACUCCAAAUUUGCAGUCUGCGCAACAUUCAGCACCAACUGUACAAGAAGUUUUAAGGGUAGUUGAUUCUCCAAACGUUCAAGAUCACUUGCCUUCUGGCCCUUCUAUUGCUAGAAAUGGGCCUCAUCCGCGACUGAAAUCGAGCACACCCUCAAGUAGUCCUGAUGAUGUUAUGACACCCUUCACCCCUUCUGACCUUGGUACAUCGUCGAAAUUAAGUUCGGACACCUCACCCAGCCAAGUUUCUGGUCCUCUUUCAAACAACCGCUCCUCUACAGAGCUUGUACUCCGUGGAAGUAUCUUGGAGGCCACUUCCCCAGGAGUCCUGGAGAAAGGUGCUUCUUUCAGAGCAUUUUAUCCUGAUAUCGGUGAUGGAAUGAUUGUCUCGGGUAUGUUGAGCAUGGAGUCUUCACCGAAAAGCAUAUUACGGAACUUUGACCAAGGCAACACAAGAGCUUCAUCCGAUUAUUCCAAACCAUCUUCAGGUAGCCAAAGUGAUGUACAGCUGAGGGACGGCAUUUCUCUUACAAAACCGGGGUCCAGGCACGGUUUUAGAAACGGUUCCAGAGCAAACUCUCGGAAAGGGUCGCCUGUGAAAACACCUAUGGCGGGGUCUCCUGCUAAGUCGGGAAAUCCUGCCAAGCGCGAAUCCUUCGAGGGUCGAGGUUCAAGUGUAAAGAGAGAAAAUACACUUGGUCAGAGCCUUCGAGCUAUUUUGCAGGAGAAUGCAGAUCAAGAGUGUACUGCCUUUGAUGGAGGAUCGCCUUCUGGCUACCAUGGGGACCAAGAACCUUGUGAUACUACUCCGGAGAGUAGAUUAAAGCGUGGAAAAGCUGACGCAUUGAUGAGGCAGAAGAUGGCGAUGAUGUUAAACAAACAUAACCUCCCAGGACCUCCGCCUUUGUGUUCCAUGUGUCAACACAAAGCACCCAUGUUUGGAAAACCUCCUCAGAGGUAUACCUACAAGGAGCUCGAGGUGGCCACGAACGGAUUCUCUCGAACAAAUUUUCUUGCUGAGGGCGGUUACGGAUCAGUUCAUAGGGGUACUCUUCCCGAUGGACAAGGUAUAGCAGUGAAGCAGUAUAAGCUGGCCAGUACUCAGGGUGACAAGGAGUUCUGUGCAGAGGUUGAAGUGCUAAGCUAUGCUCAGCACCGUAAUGUGGUGAUGCUCAUUGGUUACUGCAUUGAGGGAAAGAGGCGCCUGCUCGUGUAUGAGUUCAUUUGUAAUGGAUCACUAGAUGGGCAUCUGUAUGAACGUGACAGACCUGUUUUGGAAUGGAACUCACGUCAUAAAAUAGCCGUUGGAACAGCUCGAGGAUUGAGAUAUUUGCAUGAGGAUUGUCGGGUUGGAUGCAUAGUGCACAGAGACUUGCGUCCCAACAAUAUUCUGCUUACUCACGACUUUGAACCUAUGGUUGGAGAUUUUGGACUUGCAAGAUGGCAACCAGAUGGACAUUGUGGUGUGGAGACCAGGGUUAUUGGCACCUUCGGAUACCUGGCUCCAGAAUACACUCAACACGGGCAGAUUACAGACAAGGCAGAUGUGUAUUCCUUCGGUGUUGUGCUUCUGGAGCUUAUUACGGGCCGCAAAGCUAUUGACAUAAACCGACCUAAAGGAGAACAGUGUUUAACAGAAUGGGCAAGGCCCUUGCUGGGGGAGAGAGGCUCUCUUCCAAUUGAUCCACGACUUGAGAAUCGGUACUCGGACAUCGAAGUAGAAAGUAUGUUGCACGCAUCAUCAUGUUGUAUUCGCAAAGAUCCCUCAGUUCGACCUCGUAUGGCACAGGUCUUGCGGAUGCUUGAAGGGGAGAUGAUUUUUGAUGCUCAUAGCUCUUCUACAUCAGGAUACUUCGCCGGAAGAUUGAGCAUGAAUCACAUGAGUUAUUAUCCGCUGGUUGCACCUGCUCCGCGGGAAGAGGUGAAGUAUCCCAAUUUUGUCAGUCCUCAAAGUGAGUACAAUUCAAAGUAUUCCUCUCCCAACAGGAAGAAUGGUAACCUGCCAUAUGGUCCUAUGAUAUCAAGCCCCAAGAUGAGGCACAUUUCAGCCACAAAAGAAUCUGUUAAAAAAGUUCCAUUGGUUGCUUCGUACAUCGGUCAAGACGGUCAAAAGCUAAGCUACGAAGCACUGAAGGCUGCGUAUAUGGACAAGGUUUCUUCUCAUCAUGUUACAGCCUCGGCGUAUGAAAGUUAUCAAAUUGCAAAAGAUUAUUAAAUCGAUUGCCAAGUGGGUGCGGUGGCUUCCGUUGAGUGUGUUUCAGUAGGAAGGUGUUUUUGAAGAGCGAGUUUUGGAAACCAUGCCAGGCCUAUAUCUGGACUAGGCACUCGGUUAUUUGUUUAUAUACACACGAGUAUGGCAUACCUGGCGGACAUUGUACAUUGUUUUUGCAACGAAGGUACAGAUGUAGUGGACAAGACGAGAGGUAAGUUUGUAGAUACAUCCCCUAUUACUUUGGCCUCUUUAAAGGAUUGAAGACACCUUUUCAUUCAUUGUGAUUGAUAGCAUGACCCAGUCUUCUUGUCAUGUUACAAGAUCAUGUGACUUAGCAACUAUUGUAGACUUGCAAUUCGAUGCCCCUGUGGGUACAUUACGAUUUGAUGUUCAACA